AUGAGCUUCUCCACCAUGAAAACCAAGAACUGCGCGCUGAAAUCACCACCAAAAAAACGCCCAAAGAAGCAUAAUAGGAUUCUGCAACUGCAGCAAUAUAAAGAGUAUCAGAGUCCGGCGGUGGUGUACAGUCCUAGCACAGUUCUGGAACCAAGAGCUCAAAAACGUCAACGUCAACAUCAAGAAGAGCUUGGUCGACGCCAAAAGCGAGGGGAGAAACAACAAAAAGCUGCUCAAGCUGCCUAUGAAAGAAAGAUUGAGAUAGAGCGGAAGAAUGCGCGUGCAUUGGAGAGGAAGAAGCGGAGGGAAGAGAAGCAAGUAGCGGCAUUACAACACGCCGCCGAACGCGCCCAAAAAGCUCGUGAUCGCGCUGCUGCAACCACAAGAAAAGUUCAAGAUAAGCAAAUUAAAGGUAUCCGAAAAGCUUCACCAAUUCAGAAAUCAAACAUAUAUAAGCGUGGUGGUGUCGCGCGACGCCGAAGUGGAGGUGCACCUGCACCCCCGCAGCUUCCCACCAAAACCACCACGCGUGGCCGCAACAUCAGACUGCCAAAGAAACACGAGCAGAUAGCAAUUUAUCACAGCUUCAUAAGAGUACUCCACCAAGAAAUCUCGUGA